AUGGCUAGUGGAUCGCUGGCAUAUCGACCACACCAGGAUCUGGACACAGACCUGACGAAGUUUGGCUUCCUAGUCUAUGCUGGAACCGUUCGUGACUUUCACGAGUGGGAGUUCCGAGCUAUGACAAGAUGGAAGCAGACCAAGGUUGAGGAGAGAUCCGACCUUGCGUCCAAGUUCCUCGACUCCUUAAGGAGCGAGGCAUACAUUGUCGCAGAAGAUUUGGGUACCGACGUUCUGUUCUCGAGUCAGAACAUCCCCAAGGUGAUCGAGGCAGUUAGAGAACGCCUGUUCCCUCUGGCGGAACAAGAGACGAAAGAACUUUAUCGGUUAGGGACCCAAGUCGGCGGCAUGUUGUCACGACAGCCGGGAGAGCCGAUGAUCUCCUACAUCGACCGCCGCAAGCGGUGGCUACGCAAGCUUCAGCAAUUAGACAAGGCCCUUCACAUAAGUGAAGCGGUGCUGACAGAUCUGUUGCUGGACAACAGCGGGCUCACCCGGCAAGAGCGACUCAUGGUGCUGACCUCGAUGUCAGGCAGCACAGCGACGAAGGAUGCUGAAGCAUCGCUGCGGAACUGGCAAAGGGAAAGGUUUCCACAGGAAGGGAAGGGAGACCGAGGAAAAGGUAAAGGAUACGGCAAGAGAUCCCAGAAAGGGACUGCUUACACGUACCUUUCGGCCGUGGAAGACCUUUUCGAGUACCCUGACGCCGAGGAAGACGACGACGGAACGGCCUACCUGGCAGGCCAAGAGGACCAGGACGGCCAGGACGGUGAUGGACAGGACUGGGCGUACCACGGCGAAGAGCUCCCCGUGUACGACAAGGAAGAGGACACCGCGUGUGUUGCCCAGUCGGCCGACGCUUCCCUAAGGGACGUCGAGCUUGAUGUCUUCACUGCCUUUAUAGGCGCUGGGUUCGAUGAGGAAGACAAAGAGGCUUUGGCGUUUCUCGCAGACACCGUGCAGUGCGAGACCGAGUGCACAUGGAUAUCGGCCGCGAUCUACCGGAGCACGUGCAAAACGUGUGGCAGAAAGGGCCACUGGGCUGGUGACAAGGAAUGCCCAGGCCCAGGGAAAGGUGCAGGAAAGCCCGCAGUGGCACACCUUGCCCAGGUCAGGCGUGUGAUGGAUAAAUCCACACAGACCUGCGACUUCAUCGCUAGCCCCAGCGAGAGCGACAGCGAGAGUCAAAGCUUUGACCCGGAGCCAACAGCGAACUACGUUAGCUUGGGUCAGGACUCUGAGACGGAGCCUGCGGCGUACAUGGGUUUCUUCGACAGGACUGACCUUGAAGAGUCCGACGAAGAGCUCCUGGACGACUUUGCGUCGCAAGGCGCUCCCUCCACGGAAUGGGAUACCAUAGAGUACCCUGACGGCAGCGACCAAGUGUUUCGGUUCGGGAUGCACAGGGGUAGCACCUACCUUGAGGUUUUGCAGAACCACCCCGAUUACUACCAUUGGGGCCUCAAGGAGAAAGAGCCGAGCACCAUGCUGGAAGCAUGGCUUGUCUGGGUGUAUCGCAACUUUGAGGUUCCACCGGUUGGCGGUGGAAGGGCUACACUCAGGGCGGUCACGUUGCCGGUGGAGGCCGACUCGCUGCAGAAGGCUAGGAAGGAGGUGACCCUUGAGAAGGCACCUAAGAGCAAGCUCGGGUUGUUGAAGCCGGAUCCCAAAGGACCGUGCGUUGGAGGCUGUCCCGCACAUGCAUUGAACAAAGCAGGGAGCAAUGCGCACGUAAUCAAGACCACUUGCAUGUUGUGCGGUAACAGGACCUCAAACCCGAGACCAAAGGCCGUACCGAAGAAUGACCCCCUCACGUGCGAGCACAAGCGCACGGACAACAGGAACAGCACGAGAUCGGUACACCGCACCUUUUGCCUUGAUUGUUGCACUGUGGUAGAGGAGAUCCCUCAGAAGCUCUUUAAGGAGCAGAAGGGACUCGCCGAGCAAGUGCAGCAGUCUCCACUCAAGGUGCAGAACCUCACGAGGAGACAACUGGAGGAGUACAACUUUACGAAGUUUGAGGCAGGUGAGGUGGUAAAGAAGUUCUUCAAGCACAUGGACAAGUUUUUGUUGAAAGUUGACCAAGUCAGUUCAACCGAGUUGUCUAGUUGCCUUGAGGAUGCGAUGGACCAGGUUGUAGAGCAGACGAAGUUACGCAUGCAACAUGGUAGGGCCGCUGAUGUAGCUAGGUCUAGUCAGGACGUAGAGCCCCCACCUUUGCCUGCGUUUUCCCCAGUACGUAGAGAGCGUAGGAGUGCACAGCCUCGUGAGCAAGCUUCGCCCGCCGCCGCAGCAGCAGCUGGCCCGAGAGAGAGAGGAGCAGCUGUUAGGGACGCCAUGGCGGCGUCUCCUCCCAGCGGAAAGGGCUGGGAAAGCCGCGAAAAGUUCGCCGGCGUGGCGACGGCGGAGAAGAGUAGUGAUCCCGAAGGAGACAUCAGCCCGAAGAGCGUGCAGAGCUCAGACAGUGAGCCUGCACCCCUGGACGAGGAGAUUGCUGAGCCGCAACUCCAGCUCGUGGAUCCCUUAGAGGACCACGAAAACGUCUGGGUGAUGCUGGACGAGGGCUGCAACCAGACAUGCCACGGGACGAAAUGGAGGGCUCACUCCUCAAAGGUCCUGGCAAAGUUUGGGUUGCGGUUCACCAGCGUGCGCUCGAGCGGCACGAGCUUCAAGGGCAUUGGAGCGGCUCGAGCGACGGGCAAGUUCGCAAUGCCGUUCGCCCUCCGCAUCAUGCCGGAGAGCGGAGGCCUUCGCCGGAGCACCCGUCUGCAGGGAGAGCUCUCCAGCGUGGAGCUGGACUCUCCGGACGUGCUCUGCCUCCUGUCCUUGCAGGAUCAGGUUCAGCUUGGCCUGAUCAAGGACCUGAGGCGCGGCGAGUGCCGAAUCUCGGGCUACGCCGGGACACUGCAGUUGGCGAGGCACUCGAAGACCGGCCUCCUCCUCCUGUGCGUGAGCCAGUUUGGGGCGAACGUUACAGAGAGGCACAGAAAGUUUGCAGUGAAUCCGGAGGUGAUCCCUAAGAGGACAUCUAAGAGGGAGAAGAACACUUUCUCGAUCCCUUUGAGGGACGGGACGGCACGCAAGAAAGAGACCUUGAUCCCUUCAGGGGACAAGGACAGCACGGCGUACAUGCUGUCCGAGAUGGUGAAGGAGACCGAAGGGCAGCGGAAGAACGUUUUGGUGGUCACGCUGGGCUUGGAGAAGCUAGAGACCUGCCAACGUGGGCGCGGCACCUACUGUGGACUCACGGAACUUAUCCGUGGUAUGCGAAAGGGGCAGUCGCACGAGUUCUCGCUGAACAACGAGGCCCACGAGGACACGCUUCUGGAAAGCCUGCGCCAGAACUUUGAGUCCUUCCGGGACUACGCCACGGAGCAGAUCCUUUUUCUGGACUGCCGGCACAUGAACGACCCGGUCGUGCCGGCCGUGCACAAGCUCAUCCAGGAGAACGAGCAGUGCGUGAUCUUUAUGUUUUGCAAAUCGGGAAGACACAGGUCUGUCUCGAAUGCAAAGAUCAUGUACGAUCUCAUAAAGGAGACGUACGAAGUGGAAGCGAGUCUACUUCACCUUUGCGACGGUUACAACUGGCGAUAUCUAUGCGGUGGUUGCGCGGAGUGCAACUGGGAGUCCAAGGAGGCUCGAAGCACCGCAGAGAAGGUGAUGGACUUCGCAAGGGAGCGCUGGUACGAGUUCGUGCCCAAGGUGUGGGUGCGAAAGGACGGCCAGCGCCGCCUGGGCGACGAUGGCGUCGUGGUGGAAGAGCCGAUCCCUUCGGGGACAGCUCAGGCAGCGGGCGCGGGAUCAAGCAAUGACCCGCCGCAGCCUGACUCGGCUGUCAAGCAAGAGGCCGCUCAGGACGAGCAGCUCGAAGACGAGGACCACGACGAGGGCGACACCACUGGGGCAGCCGAGGCCAGUGCCAGUUCGAAGGCACCGGCGCAGCCUUUCACGGUGGAGACCCCAGACGGUGUGUCGGUGCCAGUCCACGACCUGCGACCCGAGCUGGAAGGAUUAGAUGACAAGUCCCUUGAAAAGGUAAGUUUUCUUUUUCUUUCUAGGGUUUAUAGUGUCUUCAACCCAGCGAAGCUUACGGAAGUCACUACGCUGGUCGCUAAGUACGUGGACCACACCUCGCUCACCUGCGCCGUUGCCGCGAAGUACUUAGACUACGAGGCGGCGAAGGCACUUUUGUCGUCGCUGGUGACUGACGUCCGAUCCGGAAAGCGGACGGAGAAAGAGUGGGACACUGACCUGGAGCUGGCUAACCGGAGCCUGGACCAGGCGAUCCUCCAGCUGGACGAGGACAAGGCCGCGGCACAACCUGGCGCAACCACAGCUGGAGAGAAAGGACCCGAUCGGCACAGGCCGACGGGCGAGGAGAGAAAGGAAAAGGUGAGAAGGGCAAGGGAAAAGGCCGAGGAGACAAGGGACACAAGAGGCACGGUGAAGUUGCCUUCAAAACUUGGUUACAGCCAGGCGUGGGGCACGAAGGAGCCGGUCCCGACGGAGUUGCAGCGCUACCGCAAACACGUGGCGAUCCAAUGGACGUCCGAUGGGCCCUGGGAGUGGCGCGAGACCAACGUGGCCGCUCACUCGUGGGUUUACUUCGGCGACCGUUGGGACCAGCACCCGCGCCACAUGUUGGUGUUCUUGGUCCCGCCACGCGGUGGCAGUGCCUUCUACGUUGGAGGCAUGCUUCCGGAUCUCAUGGCUUCCGACCUGAAAGUGAUGAAGAAGGAGACCGGAAAGAUGUUUGAGGAUUCUUGCAAGAACCUCAACACGCACGACGACCUGCUGAUGCAGGCCUUGGGGCUCCCGUCGGUGGCGAUCACGGGCGAGCCGCCCACGAUCUACGCCCUGGCGAACUCGGAGUUCCAGCCCGGAUCCCUUGAGAGGACCGGCGCCAAGGUGAUCGUGCGACACCCUGGCUACCGUAUGAUCCUUCUGGAGGACAUCGGUUGGCAGAAGCAAAUCUCUAAAGAGAUUGCUAAGAUCCGUCCCGACCUCCUGCUGUUGGUGUACAGUUUGGAAGACCAGGUAGGUCUCACCCCGCAGGUACAGACCUGGCUCCAGUCCCUCUCCGCGUACACAAAAGAAGCGAUAGGUGAAGUCAUGUCUAGUUGGGCGAACUGUGACCAUGACAUACACUACUCACCUGUGAGCAUCGACACAGUAGGCACGCAAGUUGGUUUUGCCGAAACCUUGUUGCUUGUGUUGCAAGAGGGCUGUGUAGAGGACCACGUUGCUGAAGCAUUUCCUGUUGAGGCAAGGCAGGAUGAGGUCGAGCAAUCUGGUACUCUAGAUGCUAUAGUGGAUCCCAGAGACAAUAGGACCGCUUUCAUGGAUGAUCUGGAACUCGCCGAGGAAGCAGACAUCUUAGACACGUUGCCUUUAGCAGGGUUUCCGAAGGAAGAGUCCGAGAGAAGAAAGGCAUGGUCUAAGGUACCAAGGCGUGUUCGCUUGGGGAUCAGGAGGUUGCACACCAUGAUGAACCACAAGCCUAAGGAAGUGCUAGUUCAGGUACUUCGUGGGGCAGGUGCUUCUGAGGAGCUGGUGAAUGCAGCUAAGAUCUUCAAGUGUGAGUCUUGCAGGGUUAGCGAAGAGAAGGUUCGCACACACCCUGUGUCAGCUCCACCACCUUACGAGUUCAACCACACAGUUUCGGUGGACGUGCUGGAGACUGCAGACUCAACAGGCGCAAAGUUUAGCUGGCUGAACAUUAUAGAUGUCGGCACAAGCUAUCAAGUUGUGACCUUAGUCCGCGUUGGUGGCGGACAGCCGAGCUCAGCCAAGUGCUUGCAGAAGUUCAUGCAGCACUGGGUUUCCCCUUUUGGGUGGCCAAAGGUGGUUUCCCACGACCGUGGUUUACACAACCGGGGCGCUUUCGCUCACGGCUUGGGUAGCCAUGGAGUCCAGAUCCGCCAAGCCGGACUGGAAUCGCCUGAGCACAUAGGGAAGUGCGAAAGGCAUGGAGGCAUCAUAAAGCGAGCCUUUAAGCGUUUGGUCAAGGACCACAACGUUGUGGGCAAAGAUGAUGUCAAGGUGGCGAUGCUCGAGGCACAGGUCGCAAAGAACGAGUUCAUGCGUGUUGGAGGCUUCAGCCCCACCCAGUGGGUGCUUGGACGCCUGCCCAGAGGAGUGGGCCACGUUUUGGACGAGGAAGAGCUAGGACAGCUUGGAGUCUUGUCGGGCAGGUUAGAUGCCACGACUGCGUUCGGCCGCCAGGCCGAAUUCCGCCAUACUGCCAGAAAGGCAUUCGUCCAUGAGGAUUGCAGUCGCAGGGUACGAAAGACUGUGUUGCGCAAGGCGGCUCCCCUGCCGGGGAAAUACCAAGCUGGCGACCUAGUUUGCUAUAGGAUCGCGCGAGAUGAGCAUUCAGGCGUUAGUACGUGGUCGACUGUUAGUAAAAUAAUCGGCUUCGAUAACAAAACGGUCUGGGUGGUGCAUCAGGGCGUGCCUGUGGCGACCAGCUUGGCGUUGAACGCGAGCAGCAAAGGUACAUUGAUGCCACCGGGGAUGAUCUAUUGCCUAGACGACCCAGAAGAGCCACCGGACGGAGGAAUUGGGAUAGGUACUCCGAUCCAAAUGGACGCCGAAGCAGAUCCUCCGGAGACUGCGGCCGCUGCUCCGGAACGAGCUGUUCGAAGGAGAGUUGGAGCAACACGUGAAGAGUCACGGGCCGUGACUGUGGAGGAGCCAGAGGACGAACAGGUGGACCCUCCAGGAGGGAUCCAAGAGCCGAUGGCUGAGGACACGGCGGUGGACGCCGAUGGUGAGGCCGAGGCCACGGAAGGCAGCUCAGCGCUUCUUCUGAGGGCUUACGCUAGCCACUUCUGGACGAAAGAGGAAAGAACCGUUUGGAACUCACUCCCCGGGGAGAAGGAGUACGAGGCCUUACGGGUUUUCUUCGCAGACCGCGUCGAGGACGACAAGAAGGUGACGCAGUGGCGCAAGCGCCGCAAGAACUUUACGUCCAAGAAGCAGAAGGAGAAGCACGGGAAGAUCCUAAUGUACCACAAGUGCCCUGAGGAUGUCCAGAAGGAGUUGGACAAGAGUAGAGCAAAGGAGUGGGCAAAGUGGCAGGACUUCAGUGCUGCGAUCAUUCUUGAUGACGCUCAGUAUGAUGAGUUGAUCCGUGAAGGACAUCAAGUCAUACCUACCCAGUGGGUAGAGCUGGACAAGAACCACAACAAGAGGUUACUUGAUCCUACCGUGGAGGCCAACUACAAGAGUAGAUUGGUUGUUCGGGGUGAUCUUGAGAAGGGUGUCAAGAUUAAGUCCCUGGACGUGACCAACGCCUACUUUCAAGGACUUCGCGAGAACCGCAUCUACCGCGCGUUGUACAGUUACACCGACGCCGAUGGGGUUGUACAGUUGCUCUUGACGUCCCACGUAGACGAUCUAUUGUGGGCUUGUGAUCCGUCAUGCGAUUGGAUCAUGAACGAUCUCAUUGAGACGUUCAAAUGUGGGAAGGUUGAGACCGGGAGCUUCAGGUACUGCGGGAAGGAGAUAAGCCAAGACGAGGAUUUCAAUAUCCAUGUGACCUGCAGCGAGACAACGAGGAACGUGAACAAGAUUCACGUUGACAAGAGGAGGCACCCGGGAGAUCCCUUAACGGACUCUGACAAGACGCAGAUGAAGAGCGUCGCUGGGUCCCUUGCUUGGGUUUGCAUACAAUGCCGACCCGACUUAAGCUAUAGGGUAUCCAAGAUCCAGUCGGCUUCUAGCAAUGGUACCGUCGCUGACAUCAGAGAUGCCAACAAAGCGGUCGAGUACGCUAUUAGCACAUACGACAGAGGACUUGUUUUCAAGUCUGGACUGUUGGACUGGAAGACACCAGGUGCUCUUUUGAGUCUGGUGAUCACGGACGCUUCUCACGCGAAUGAGUCCGAAGAGAUGAUCAUAAAUGAAAUGACAUCUGUUGAAGGACACCGGAGCCAAGGUGCAAGGAUGGUGUUUCUUACAGACGGCGCCCUGUGGAAAGGGAACAAAGGUAGCAUUCAUCCCAUCUUGUGGACGAGCAACCUCGUUCGGAGGGUAUGUCGCUCCACCAUACAGGCAGAGGCCUACACACUUCAGGCAGGUGUGGAGGACGGUGACGUGCUGAGAGCAGCUGUCACUGACAUCUUCGGAUGCCUCGAUAUGAAAAGGUGGGAGGCUACGUCGGCCAAGUUUGUGAAACAGAUCUGGAUGACAGACUGCAAGAGUCUGGAACUGACGCUUUCGAAUCCGAAAUGCAAUAAGCAUUCGGACAAGAGAUUGAGCAUCGAGAUCGCGUCUCUCAGACAGGAGCUAUGGCGCAAAGCUGGCGAGAAAGCAGGAGAUCCGUUUUACGACGACUACAAGCCAGUGGAUGAUCAGUUAACUGACAUCGUCAGAUGGAUAGACACUGACGUGAUGAUCGCUGAUCCGUUGACGAAGGUCAUGGAGCCGGUCAAGUUGGUUGAAGCCCUGAAGACCAACACACUCGACGUAGAGCAGCCGCUCGAGAGUGUCGUGAAGAAGCGCGCCAAGCAGCUUCAGAGGAGGUCGACGAAGAAAGAACAGGACAACGAGCAAGACCGUUGA